GGAGGAGGAACUGGAUGGGGAAGAAGAGGACGAGGAGGAGCGACGCUCGUCGUCGAAGCGGCGUAUGGCUCCUCAGCCACCGAGUGGCCACGAAGACUCCGGGCUGUUCUCGCGGUUAAGCUCGACCGCGGGUAAGCUCGAGUGCCCGAAAACCCGCGAGAAGGAUAAGCGCGAGCGCGCCUCCAGCUGCAGUCCCAAAUUCCGAAAGACCAUUUGCGAGGCUCCGAACCCGUGCGCGCCCGCGAGGCCACCAGAACCCGCACCCAGGAGGAACAUGUCUCUGUCGCAGGACAGUCUCGCCGCUGGCGAUCGACUCGUCGAGGAAAAAAAGAAGGGCCGGUCCAAGUUCUCGCUCAAGAAGUUCCUAAGGAUGGGAUCGAGGAAGGACGUGGACAUGACGGGCAGCUCAAGCGGCUCGAGGAACGUCGAGAUCCCCUCGACGCCCCAGCCCAAGCCGAGGCUGGAAAUCAUUCACCCCCUGGAACUGGACGGAGCCGCUGUCCAGGUUCUGCGAAACGAGAAGAGCUGCGGCGAAGACUCGACGGACUCGACCAAGAGCGAAAGCCAGAGCAACGGUUGGCAGGGAUCGCACGCCGCUCAGCAUCUCACAACAGCACGUCCGAGCAAGCCGCCGCCGCCUCCUCGCGCCCAAUCCCUGGACGAGUCGUCGCGGGCUGGAAGCAGCUCGCGGGGCCCGCAGCAGCCGUCGGGGCCCGGAGCCAGCGGUAAGCCCUCGGGGGCCGGGGCCAAGGCCUGGCAGCCGAGCGGCGGCUCCUCGGCCUCCGAUUCGAUAUACGCGAAUCUGGGGCCUGCAGCAGCGGAGGAUGUUGCAGGUGUGAUAAGGAGCGGUCUCGCGCCCGCCAAACCUCGGCGCACCUCGAGCAUGCGGGACCAGCAGCCCCAGGCCCAGCCGUGCUCGUCGAGGCCCGACGAGGAACUCGUCACCGUCACCGCGGGUCAGUCGAGGCAUCGCGGACUGGCCGAGAGGCAGCGGACCCCGGCCUCCGACUCAUCGGUGUCGAGCGAGGCCCCGACCUGCGAGUACCUCUCGACGAGCUCGAUCGACCACGAUGACUCGAGCCUCGAGCUGCGCCACGGGGCCGGCAAUCAUCCCGUCACCAAGAGGCAGUCGGACAGCGGUACCCUCGACUCCGCCGGCCAGCAUGAGCUCAAGUUCCAGCAGCCGCUCUUCAUCAGGUCGAGCUCUCUGCCGUACUGCAUGAGCGAGACCGAGGCCGAGCUUCGCUCACCCUUCCGUCCCUACAGUCACAAUGACAAGGUGUUUAACGCGGAGGAGAAUUGGAAGAAGGAGGAAGAAUCGCGAAUCGGCAGGCUGAGGCAGCGUAGGGGCCGAAGCAUAGUACAUCGUAGCCUGGAGGACAACUACGGCGCCGUUAUCGUCGCCAAUCACGAGGCGCUCGCCCAAUUUUUGGAGCAGGUUUGUAUUAAAGCCUUCGAAACCGUCCGGCAGACGAAUCAGGCGACGCCCUUGGGGACGAGCCUGCGUGGCCUCAAGGCAGCGAGUCUCCGCUUCCGGGACUUCAACGUCGAUCGGAGCACGGCGCUGGUCACGGGCCGACGCGUCUUCCUCUCGGCCGCUUGGAACGAGCAGAACGUUACCGUCUGCGUAGCCUUCGAGCCCGGCAUGCACGUCUCGCGGAAGGAGUUCUACCUGGCACCGAUCGCCGAGUUCAUCGACACCGUGCCCAAAGACAUUGCCGAGCUCGGCUAUUCGACCGGUCGCAAAACCGCGGAAGCUACGAUAUCGGUCCUGCCGCGGCUACAAGUCAACACUCUCAAGUCGUUCGCCGAGGCGAUCGGCGAAGCGGAGGCCAGCAUCAAGGACGAGAACGCCACGAGGGAAUCGUCCUUCGUCCUGCUUCAGCUCGUGAGCGCGCUCAAGAGCCUCCAGGCGCGAGGGAUCGAGGAGGCGCCCGGGAGCCUCGUCAACGUCGUUCUCUGCCGCGAGAACAAGGACGCCUAUCAUCGACUCUAUCUGUUUCAAGGGUUGAGCAUCGAUAGUUCGGAAAACAACAAGGACGAGUAUGUGUCACUGUGCCAAUGCGCGCUUAAUGCCUUGGAAGAACUGAAUCUCGUGAAAAAGCUCCCUCUUAUUCAAGAAUUGCUCAUGCGUGAGAAAGCAAUUACACUGUCGCAGGUGAAAUCCAUCCUGGAGUUCUCGCUGUGGGGCCCAGCGGACGUGACGCUCGGCGGUCCCCGUGAGCGCGAGACGGCCCUCCAGCGUUGGCUGGACCUCGAGCGGGCGACGGUCCUUCACGCCCUGGUGCGGGCCCGGGCCCAACUGACCGUCACCGACGAGUACCAGCUGCUCUUCCUCGUGCGCACCAGCGCCAAGGUCAUGUGCGAGGCGUCGCUGCAGCUCGACAGACAGCGCACGGGACUCCUGAGCGUAGGUGGCAUCCUCUGAGAUCGAUCGACACUUGCCGUCGACCGACGUGCCACAUGACGAGGAAGCUGCUGCUUCCACCGGGGACCACUAACGACGGAGAAUCCUCAUUCUUCGCUACAUAUCGCGUAAAA